AUGUGCAGCUUCGAUCUUUGCAAGCUGCCGGGAGUCUGCACGAACGACGGCACACCAGGUAUCGCUGCAAACAAGAGAGAACUCGCUCUCGACAGCCCCAUGGAGACCCACGUACUCGAGACUCGUGGGCAGGAUCACUAUGAGGCCAAUCUAGGCCGUUACGUAUUCAUUCUCAUCGCUGCAGCCGUCAACGAGAUCUCGAGACUCUAUGCCGGCCGAAACGCGAAUCUUGUAACCCGUCAACAGUACAGGUUACGACCUGGGAGCUGUGUCGGCCCUGCUAUCGACAUCUUAACCGUAGCGGCUGGUGACCAUCCGGGUGGCUUGACUGGUGAUCAGACUGAGCAUCCUAUUGAGCCGCAAUUCGGUGCUCGAUUUCUCGAAACGAUCGUUCUAGGCAGACUACGCGGUGCCAACGGACAAAUUCCUUCGCCGUAUCUGCCUCCUAUCCCUGCUGACACGAUCAACUUUUACUGGGAUCAUCCGUUGCAUGAGUUGGCCCAACGGCCUGCCAUAGGUGGUCCUUAUGGCGAUAAACCUGCCACCGCCCAAGAAAGAUUCAUGGGAGCUUUCGGGUCCGUCGACUGGCCAGAGCCUCUCAUCCCCACUGAUCAGCAGAUCAAUGGACCCAAGGGCCAGCUUUGGAGUCUGCACGAUCCCAUCUCACUCGAUGCCAUCAAUCGUAAUGCUCGGGCAGCAGUCAACGCAGAUACCGUUCAGACUCAAGACGCCCUGUUGCAGUCCGUCCGUAUAGGCUUCGCUAUCAUGGAAUACAUGAACGAUCAGAACUUCAUCAACCACUUCAACAUCGCUCGCAACCAGAUCAGAGCGCAGCUCGGCUACAUCGAAACGGCGUUUGCGAACCAGGGCUGGCCGGUGACUGGGCUACAGGAAUGGUGGGAUGUCGUUCUGGACGACUUCAUGGCGCAAUUGCAAACGCGUGUCCGAACCUUCACCGACCAGGCUAUCACGGCGGCUUUCGCGCCUUUCAACUCGCAACGCGGUCAGAAUCUCAAUAUCGCACCGGCGAUACGCGCCACGUUGCGGGAUUAUCUCACCAGGCUUCAGAACGGCCAGGGUAUGACGUUCGAUGCGCAGUACUUUGUCAAUAUACACCCACCACCUUGA